GACCCACCGUCCGCGCGCUCCUGCUGCUCCUUUUUCUGCCUUCAUAGCCGUAAUGUGCAUUUCCUACUCGGCACAACUACUCAUCUACCCAUUUUACAGUUCUCUCUUUCUUGCAUUAAAAGGAAACAUGAUUGGAAACGUAUCUCUUAUACAUUAUGAUUAGACAACAGGUAUCGGGGACCAUUGUGGAAUCUUGCCUUGUCUGCGGGGGAAGUGAACCAUUUCUUCAAUUCUAGGCUUUUUUGACCUUGUUUCACGGCGUGUUGAGAAGGCUUCCUUAUGUGCCGAUGAUUCUUUCCUUGAUGUAACGCUGAAUUUGGAUCCAGGAUACCAUGUUCAUCUAUAUAGAGUGAAAAUUUCAGGCUUGCUCUAGUUUGAGUUCCCUUCCAGUAUCCAGACUACUGGAAAGCCUCUUUUUGGUUUCAGCCCUGCUAUAAAAUAGUUAUUUGGAGCCCAUGGCAAAGUCCUCUUCUUCUGUUUCGGCAUUUUUUGAAGGGCUGAUGCAAGAACAAGAAGAAGGGCCUGUGGUGAUGACAGGGGACGAAGUGUGCAUACCCAAAUCAGCAGACCUAUUAGAGUCCCUUGGAUUGCCAGGUGGGUUGCUGCCCCUCAAGGACAUUAAGGAAUGUGGGUUUGAUAAGAGUACAGGGCUGGUGUGGAUCAAACAAAAGAAGAAAACCCAACACUAUUUCAAACGAGCCGGCAGGCUGGUGAGCUUUGAUGAAGAAGUGAGGGCAUAUGUGGAAGACAAGAAGCUUAAGAAUGUGUCAGGUGUCAAGGCCAAAGAGUACUCGGUAUGGGCUCCUGUUGGGGAUAUCACAGUUGAGGGCCCAUUUGAUGAAACCAUCCGCUUCAAGAGUUAUGGAGGCAUCUCCAGGACCUUCCCUGCCAAAGCCUUCUCAAGGAAAGAAUAAUCACAUGCUUCGGAUGGGCAAGUGCCCAAUUUUUUUUUCUCUUUUCACUGAUACAUUGCAUUUAUAUUAUGCGCUAGCCUUUGGAGAGUUGGGUUCUCCAGUAUGCUUCAAAGCUGCUCAUGUAUUGGCUUAAAAAUGAUUAUUUUCAACAGCCCCUCUGGUGGUGCAUUCUUGCUUUUUCAAUCAAUUUCAACAGCAGUUUGUUUUCUAA